AUGACGAACUUAGCACCGGGCAGCACAGAAAACCCAAGGGGAUUUACUGCUCCUUCGGGAGGCAAACAAACACGAAUAUUCGGAUCUCAAUACGAGGUCUCUGAGAAUCAGUUGUUAAUCGGAGUGUUUGCUGUAAAUGGACUGAACCUUCGUCACCUUCAUGAAAAUGCUCUACAAGGGAAAGAUUUAUACGGAUCAAUUGGAAACCUUCUCCUCACUAGUCUGAAGGGAUGCGUUGGCAGAUUAGACAUUUACUUCCCAGCUGUCCAACUCAAGAUUAACCCACCUGGAGGAUGCGAAAGCCUUCUUUUGUUCUUGAAAGCAGACAAGUCGACCUCCUACAAACGCCCUGAUAACAUCAAAUAUAGCGAUCUUUGUCAGUACAGAGUGACCAGAACAACAUUCGCCAUGGCCUCGACUAUGGACUUCCUGCCCAACAUCCACCUCGACCAUCUCCAGAGAUAUUGUCUUCUAGUGGCCUCUUUCUUUCUCUUCAGCUGUGUUUGGACAAAGUACCGUCAAGGCCUUCGACACAUACCGGGUCCAUUCCUUGCCAGUUUCUCAAACCUAUGGAAAAUCCAUAGAAUAUUGAAAAAGGACAUGGCAUGGCGGAACAUUGAGGUUCAUGAAAAGUACGGUGCACUGGUUCGGAUCGGGCCUAACCACGUGUCAGCAUCUGACCCAGAAGCCGUGAAGACUAUAUACAACUUUACCAAUAUCUUCCCCAAGUCCGCCUUUUUUUCAAUUGGCGAGGGCCUCUAUGAGGGCAAGAAAUUGCCCACACUUUUCACCACGAGGAGUAAUGAGUACCACGCGCAAUUAAAGCGAGCUUCAGCUAAGGCUUUCUCGAUGACCGUCGUGUCAGAAUUUGAGCCAUUUGUAAACGGGUGUAUAGAGCUAUUUCUGAAGCAAGUCUACAAUCGUUCGAACAACGGUAAAACAGCUUUUGAUGUUGGGCCAUGGAUGCAAUAUUUCGCUUUCGAUGUUCUAGGCGAAGUCAACUUCUCUCGGACCCUUGGGUUCUUGGAAACAGGGACUGAUGUCGAUAACAACAUCGCUGCAAUCGACCAAGUCUUGUCUUAUGUUUCUCUUAUCGGGCAGAUCCCCGCGGUACACAAGUUUCUCCUAGGUAAUCCAAUUCUGCCGAAAAUUUUUCCAAAUUUCGAGAAGCUUAAUCAAGUCCAAGAGUUUGCCAUUGCUAUGAUUAAGGAACGCAGGCAGAAUCCCGCGGCCCGGAAAGAUAUACUGGCGAGAUUAAUCGAGAUUCACGACUCGGAUCCGUCAAAGCUGUCCUUUCGCGAGAUUGUCGCCAUUACGACAACGAAUAUUAUCGCUGGUUCUGAUACCACUGCAAUUACGCUGAGGGCCGUCUUCUACUACCUCUGUAAGAAUGCAUCAGUGUAUAAAAGGCUACAGCAGGAGGUGGACAGUGCCGCUGAGCAGCGUAGUCUGUCGAAACCGGCAACAUACAAUGAAACAACUGCACUACCAUAUCUUGGCGCUGUGAUCAACGAAGCCAUGCGCAUGCAUCCCGCAACAGGAUUCAUACUGGAGCGCGUUGUCCCUGAAGGUGGUAUAACCCUAGGCGGAACCUUCUUGCCCAAAGGAACUAUCGUAGGAGUCAACUCGUGGGUCAUCCAUCAUAACAAACAAGUAUUUGGUGACGAUGUCAACGUUUUCCGACCCGAGCGCUGGCUCGAGGGUGAUCCUGAAGAGGUCGCCAAUAGACACAGAAAUAUGUUUGCAUUUGGCGCUGGACCACGCGUAUGUAUUGGCAAGCAUAUAAGUCUUCUGGAAAUGUGGAAAGUUGUCGUGGAAUUCGUCCGACACUUUGACUUUGAGUUGGAGGACGCAAAAGCGGAUUGGAAAUUACAAGCAGGUUGGUUUGUAAAACAGGAAGGUCUCAAAAUGAGAUUCAAGAAGAGAGUUUGA